AUGGCGCAACGGCCCAAUAACACCGACCUCCCCCCAAAGCAACUCUCAGCCUUGAAGGAAAGGACCGCAUCAACAAAACGGCCAGGCGACUGGGGAGUCGCAGGAACAGGCCAUGGGCAGAUGCGAUGGAGUGCGUUACUGGUGCUGCUAUCCGCGCGGUAUUCGAGGGUUUUCGAACCCGCGUCUAUCCUCCCAUACCAGCCCAGCCGCCCUCUCCUGCGCAGCAGAACGACGGACCAGUUGCGGCAAACCCUCGAGCGACACAAGGGUGUCGCUGGCCAGUACAAUAAACACAGUUUAAACGACUGGCAAGAAAACAAACAGCAUCUCGCUCAAACGAACCAAGGCAACGGUGUACCAGGGACUACCCCUGGGCCAAGGCAAACCAUUCGUAUAUCAACAUGGACCGUACGAGGGGUAGUCUGCACCUGGACGACCAGAAACCGCCGAUGGAAUAAAGGGGCGAUUUUCGCACAAAUUAGCAAUACCUUACAUAAACGCACCGGACCAGACCGUCCGGGAGGGCAGUCGACUCCGUCGGCUCCCGAAAGCAGGAGAAGGAUGGAAAUCCCUCCCAUUCCGGCAGAGGCAGGCGGGGGCGCAGGUGUGAAACGUACUUAUCGUCUUCAGAGGAUGAACGAGGACGAACUCCACGGAGAGCGACGGCGUCGUGGGGACGAUUCUCCGAUGGGCGACGAAGCUUUGCGGCGACCAUCUGCGAAAACACCUAUUAGUAAGCUCAAAACAUGCGAAAGCGCUGGAGAGCCGUUACCCCAUAUUAGCUGA